UCUCUGUCCUUCAAGUAGGAUUCAAACCAGUUAAGUGCUGUGCCAGAGAGUCCCACCCAGAUUUUCUCCCCAUCACAAACGGAGUUCCCCAGGGUUCUGUCUUCAUUGUACUAUUGUAACGUUCAUCUUUAUACAUAAAGGGUGGCAUGUUGGUGUAGUAGUUAGCGCUGUCGCCUCACAACAAACUUCUGUGUGAUUGUUAUGUGUAACAAAACCAUCUGGUGGUCAGGUUACCUUAUCAAUGGGAUAAAUAGAAAAUUCUGUUCCAAAAUAUCUUAUAUCUGUUUGUUUGGAGGUCACUGGCUGCCAGUUACUGAGCACCUUAACUGCUCUGAAUUCAGUUUCCAGUCUGAGCCUUGUUGAGAUACAUGGAGCCUGUUUACAGCGGAAUAUCUCCUUCUUGUUCACACAGAGUAGAACAACACGGAACACUGCUGGACUUGUUUUGUUGCUUCAAAUGUGUGUGAAGCUGCUGCAGGGUUUAUGCAACAGGCCAAGAAUGCUUUAGCAGUGAUUAGUAGUUUGAAAGCAGAAUCAGAGCAGACAUGGCGCUGUCGACAGAGAUAAAGGAGUAUGUCUGUGCUCUGGAAACGGCAGAUCUCAACAUGAUAUUGCUGCACUGACCCCAUAUUAAUGAGGGCGGAGCACAAACACUCACACACACACUUGCCUCUAAUGUGCCAAGAUAUGUGUUUGGACAGGCAAGUCUCAUUAUCCAGGUCCUCGAAGGUGCCUUUGGUGGCCUCCCGCUGUGAACUCCGCACUCCCUCUGACGUGACGCCCACUGGGAGGUCUGAAGCAACCUUCCAAGUGUUCCAAGGUGUAAAGUUGGUCAGCAGCGGACUGAGAGAGAUGAAGACAUGUGCCAUGUUUCUGGCCGCUCUGCUGCUCCCCAGCAUCCAAGCAGUGUGUCCGGAUAAGGAGCCAGGACUGCAGCCAUGGAUGCCGGGACACAGUGAAGACCACCGUGUUACAAUCGGUUAUGGCAGGAAGGUCCUCCUCACAACUUCAGCUACGGUUCACUCCAUUGAGAUUCUUAGUGGAGGAAAGCUGGUGAUUGCUGACACCAACCGGGCCAUACUGCUUCGAACAAAACACAUUCUGAUCGGGAACAAGGGGGAACUGCACAUUGGAAGCCCAGCCUGUCCUUUUAAAGGCAACCUCACCAUCUCCCUUUAUGGAAGAUUGGAUGACAGUGAUAAUGAACACAGCUACUUUGGGAGGAAGUACAUUGGUGUGGGGACAGGAGGGACACUAGAAAUCCACGGAGAAAAGAAGCUGUCAUGGACGUUCCUCAACAAGACCCUCCACCCCGGAGAGAGCAACCAAAACAACUACCUGUUCCAGAGAGGCUGGGGGAGCCGAGGCAUCAUUAUCCACGUCAUCGACCCCAAGACCGGAGAGGUGCUGCACGAUGACAGGUUUGACACAUACCGUAGUAAGGAUGAGAGUCGUCGCCUUGCAAAGUAUGUGGAUGGUGUGGAGGUGGGGCUCAUACUGGCCAUGGUGGUCAAUGACGAGGGCUCCAACAACUUGGAGGACUUGGCCAAGAAGACCCUCUCCAGGCUGGGCAGCCAGCACAUCAGUACUCUGGGAUUUCGGCAUCCCUGGACCUUUAUAGUAACAAAAGGGCAUGCGUCUUCUGCAGUGGAGGGUCAUGCUGUCUAUCAAGGGACCAAGGCGUCCUCAGAGGCCCGGAGCUCUUGUGUUUUUCAGUCGACUUAUGGGGAGCGUUUCACCAUCACCACCAGUAGUCAAUGGGUGCAAGAGGCAGAGUGGACAGAAUGGUUUGACAGGGACGAUGAGAGAGGAUCUGGAGACUGGGAGAAAGUGUCUGACCUGCACGAGGCCUACCCAGACAGACUGUGUAGCAGUCCACUCAACAUCCAGGCUGAAACCCAUGAUGGCAUACCAGCCAACCAGACCGGCAAUGUGAUCCACAAGAAUGACAAGGACUAUGGCUUCGUCUGCCUCAACAAGGACCAAGCUCACGGCCUCUGCCACAACUACAGGGUUCGCUUCCUCUGUGGAAAACUGGUUCGUCCGCAGGCCUCCAUUUCCAUCGAUAUGUUGUCCAACAGCAGCAUCCUGGAGCUGGCCGACCAAUCAGAGGGCUGGAAGACCAGGGAUCGGGUAGUCGUGGCCAGUACCGACUACUCCAUGCACCAGGCUGAAGAGUUUACCCUGUUGCCCUGCCCUACCUGCACCUCCAACCAGGUCAAGAUCCAAGGACCGGGGAUUGCUGCCUGCUUAACUGCACAGCUGGAGCCAUGAUGUGGUUAGCCUAGCUUAGCAUACAACCGGAAGUAGGCUCUGUUCAAAGAAAAAAAACAUAUACCUACAAUACCAACACCUCUAAAGAUAAUUGAUUCACUCAUUUCUUACCUAAUUAACCACAAUGGUGUGUCUCCUUUGUUUAACCCAUACAUAAGUAGAAAUAACUAAUAAUUAUAAUAAUUUGUGGGUUGAGCGGACGAUUCAUUGUUAAUGCAUUAUUUGCUGUGAAUGCCAUGGGCUGUUUGACCCCCAUGUAGGAAAGGCAGACUCCAAUCCAAACGCAAAUAUAUUGAAAACAAUAAUAAAAUGGCUGGAAGUGAUUGUUGACUGUGUUUAGUUUUAUUAACUGAUUAGUCAAUCAUCAAAACAAUGACCAGAUAUUUUGAUAACUGAUCACAGGUUGUCGUCAUUAAUCAAGUAAAAAUACCAAACAUUCAGUCGUUCCAUCUGUUCAAAUAAGAGCAGAUGCUGCUUUUCAUUACAUAUUAUAAAAGGAUUAUCUUUGUGUUGGCCAGAGGAAACACCUCAGGUUUGGUAAAUCAUAAUGGUCAUUUACACAAUUUCCUGACAUUAUUAAUUGACAAAAUGAUUAAUCUGAAAAAUAAUUGACAGAUAAUUAAUUAAUGACAAUAAUCAUCAGUUGCAAUUCUAUUUAUAUACAUUGCAACUAGGGACCAAACUGGAAUGUUUUUGAGAGUAGAGUCAUGAAACCCAAAAGUAGAAUAUCUCUGGGUUUUGCAGCACAGCAUGACUGACCGAAUCAAAUCAAUGUUCCCUGGAGCCUGCUCUGGAACAAGAGACUGCAUGUGUAUGAGUGAGUGAGCGAGCGUUGAACAAUGUAUCUCAUUUAGCUUUUUCAGAAGAUGGAACAUUUGUCAGUAGGCUUCCCGGCUGCAGUCGAUGCCAGCUUAUUGAAGAAAUUGUGAUACACAGUAUGCAUCUACAUGCAUAGUGAAUUCAACUAUCAGUAUGCAUUCUCUUUCUUAUCUCUUUGGAGCAUCACCUCAGUUUUGUGUUUCCACACAAAACUGAGGUGAAGCCAAACUAACCCUUCACUAAGUCCCGCCCUUGAACACAGACUGGCCAAUCACAGGGUAGCAUCAUCCAUCUCUGACCAGGGUCUGACAUUUAACUUGCUCCGCUCCACAGACUCAUCAGUGGUUUCAGGUUGGUUUAUUGGAUUUGGAGCUCAUCAUGUUAAAUGUUGUGAAACAGUGAUACUUGUUACCCAGAGAGGUUAAAGGAGAUAUACGUUUUUCAAAACGUUACGUUUCUACCUAGAUACCUGUAGAGCUAACAUUAGCAGACUACAUUAGCACAUCAAUAAGUAGUAUUAGCACUUCUAUGCUACGCUAGCUGCUGAGGGUAUACUGAAUGUCUUAUAAGGACUGUAACAGUGAAUAAAGAGGAACAGUGUUG